GCAGCAAAACGAGUUUGUGUGGCUUUGAUCACCUUGGUAGUAGGGCGAGGCAAUGCGGUUAUGACGCAGGGGUUAUGUUAUAUUAACGCACAAUGUUACGUGAAGAAAAAAAAAGUAUAGCGAGGAAACUGGAUGAACCUUAUACUAAACGUCUGUGUGGAUGCAACGCGCAAACAAAGUUGCUUACCUUAGAUAAAAGACUAAGAAAAAAUUCGUUGAAAUGGAUGCAUAUAUGUCUAUUUUUCCUAUGUUGUAUAAUACCUCGAACUUCAUGCGCUGUUUCGCCAGCAUAUAUUUGGCCAUUAGCUUAUAUAUACAAUCAAACAAUACCAGUCACUCCACCAAUGGUUGUAAAUGGCGGAAUUCAACAACUCGACGAUCGUGGAUUAAGUUUUGAUGGUGAAACCGGUUGGAUCGAUGCCGGAGAUUUUGAAGGUGAAUGCAUUGCACAGCCUUUAACAUGUAGAAGUGGUUUGUCUCUUGGAAUGCGUAUUAAGCUUGACAAUGUUGCAUCUGACUCGAAGCAAAACUUCAUCUUUGAUUCUGGUGGACAAAAUGGGAAAGGCAUAUCAGUAUUUUUGCAAGACGAUAAGUUUUUUGUCGUAGUAGGUUCAAAAGGAUUGUGGCAGGUUUCCACAGUACUUGAAAAGAAUAAAUGGCAUUUUGUUUUGGCAACCUGGAAUGCCACAAAGGGAUUAUUUUUAUUUAUUGAUGGGCCACUUGUUACUUCAUCUAACGACAUUCAACCACUGCAAGCAACAACCCGGGAGAAUAGUAAUCACAUCACAAUCGGCAAAGCUAACACAGGAGCUCUCGAUACAUUUGGAAAAUUUAACAUGGAAAUGAUUGCAGUCUUCAACGCAUUUGUCCCUGAUGGAAGAGUUUAUAUGUCUUAUUCCUAUUCACCGCCUGGUCAACAAAAUGGUAAUAUUCGUUAUGUCAAUGCUCGCUUCAUAAACAAAGGAAAAACGGAUGUUCGAAUAUUCCCUGAUCGGGGUGUUAAAAGACAAAUUGGUUAUGGUGUUGCUAAAAAAUCCUCGACCUUGUUAGAGUUUGUGCUGAGAGAAGGUCCCUUGCCAUAUGGCAUGGAUUUCUUGGUGCGCAACAAUGAUUCAAAUGUUAUUUUGAAAUUGAAUGACAAAGAGUGGAUCCAUGUUGAUGCAGCUGAUGAUAUUCAAGUUGUUGCUGAAAUUACAAUCACAGAUGACAAAGUCAUAAAAAUGGUUUUCUCAACAAAGGGCAUUAUCCCCAAUUUUUACCCAAAGAAUGAGAAAAGACCAGGAACUGAAAAGUUAAAUAAAUCUGGAAGUGAGUCGUUACAAACUGCAACUCAAAACAAAAAUGGAGGACAUCAAACAGAUCAAGUUACAUCAACGGUGGUGGACGCCAUGCUUACUCCGAUCAACACAACUAUGUUUCCUCCACAGGUGACAUCGUCAAACAAGAACACUCCUGUGUCUUCGAUAAGUAAACUAUUGUUGAAAUCAACCAAAACUCCUAGUCUAACAGAAAGUACAAAAAGUAUUGAAGAAGCAAAGGCCCCAGCAAGCACAACCACCACUACUUCAGCAGCAGCAGCAGCAGAAACCACUACCACUGCUACCACCACAUUACCCACUACUACCACCACUACUACUACCACGACAACAACAACAACAACCACUGCAGUCCCAAUUAUGACAACUACGUCAACACCUGCUGUAAAACCUGUAGAAACAAGUACUAGUACUCCUCCAGAAUCAACAACAACAACGAUGAAGACCAAAACAACAACGACAGAGGUUAAAACAACACCAAAUACAUCCACUCUGUCCACCACUAAACAAGUUACUGUAGCGCCUGUGAUCACAACAACGAAGAAACAGACUGCAUUUGUUACGCAUACUAUUGAAAAGGUUGUAACUACAGCGGCUCCUGUCACAGAAUCAAAAACAAAAAAACCAUUGGAGCUGACAACUAAAUUUCCUUCAAGAACAAAGCCGUUACCAGAAAGUGGACUUUCUGAUUUAGACAGUGAUACAUCUAAUAAAGACAAAACAGCUGAGGGCAACAAAAGUAGUGGAUCUAAGAAUACCGAAAAUGAAGAAUGGUCACAUUCUCUUACUGAAGUUGGGGACUCUGGCUCGCAUAGGCCUGGCGAAGGAAGAACUGACACGUCUAGUUCAGAGGAAGGGACACAGCCGGAUCUUGUUACAGGAACAUGUCUUACCUGCAAGCAAGAGAAAAUUGUGAUAUCUUCAGAGAAGAACAAUAAUGAAAGUGCUCUGGACAACAUGAAAGUUUUAAGCUCUAUCCAUGGAAAUAUAAAUACGAGUUCAGGUAGUAAUGUUACUGAUCUGUCAAAGGAAGGGAUUAGCUCUACUUUAUCAAAGGAGGAAGGGAAAUGGGAACAACAGCAUGUAGAAAAGGGAACUGAAGAGAAAGAAACAAGUGAUAAAAAACCCGACAUUGUGCUUAAACCAGAAACAUCAAAUGAGAAAGGCAAGAAACCUGAAACAACCUUGACCCCACCGAAGGACACCAACGUUGACCAAAAUUCUAAAGAAGAAAAAAAACCCAGCACCGGUACCUCAAAUCCACAAGUUGGUAAAGAGCAACCACCCCAAGCAACAGGACAAGGUGAAUCCUCAAACAAACAAGAUAAAAAACCAGUGGUAUCUACUAGUCAGGAAUCAAAGGGUUCUCACCAGAACGGUUCUGGAUCACAAAUCAACAAACCGAGUAAGAAACCAGAUGUUUCUGAAUUUAAGCCUGUGGUGACAAAACCAGGUCAGGAAACAUCAUCAGGGACAUCCACUGGUCAAAAUAUUUCUCCUACACCUUCUCCCCGUCCUAGUAGCAUGCCUGAAGGAACUCCAGCUAGCACUACCGAAUCAAAGCCUGACAAGGCAGUCUCCAAACCAAACGUACCCGAUUCUAAACCGGAACAGGUGGCGACAAAACCAAGUCAGGAAACAUCAGCAGGAACAUCCACUGGCCAAAAUGUUCCUCCUACACCUUUUCCUCAUCCCAGUGACAUAUCUCCAGUUAGUCAAACGAUAAAACCAAUCGAUUUUCAGACAUCUGUGGCAGAACAAAGCAUUCAACCUGGUAAUAUUCCAGGAACCCCAUCCACAACACAGAUACCUGUAGUAUUACCAGGGCUUCAGACACCCUCGCCUGGACCAGGGCAAAGCUUAGUAGCCUCUACUGAACAACCAAAGCUACCACAACCACCAGUGCCUGGACAAGGCAUAUCUUCUUCCUCUACUUCUGCUGGAGGUUGGACAGGUUCAUCAAGUGUUCAAGUGGGACAAAGUGGAAAUACAGGCCAAGGAGGUACUAUUUCAAUACCUGUGGAUGUACUUGGUCAACUUGGAAUAGGAAGUGGAUCAAAUGUACCAUCAGGGCAAGGUCUGCAACCUGGUGGCACAUCUCAAACUACCAACACAGGCGGAUCAAUUCAAAUUGGUGCAACACAGGGCGACAAUACAGGCGGGUCAGUUCAAACUGGCAAAACACAGACUGGCACAAACUGGCGGUUUCAAACUGGAGAUGCACAGUUAGGAAUAUCUCAACAAAGUGGUUGUGUGCAAUCUGGUGGGGCGCAGUUGUGUGCUGGAACGCCACCACCUGUCGUUACGACCACAACACCCAAGUUGUUGCAAGAAUCAUCCACCAUAAGCACCACCACCACUACCACCACAACCACUACGCAAGCACCUACAACAACCACUACCACAACUGCAGCCACAACAACCAUCAUGGAAAAACGCACAACCAAGCCUAUAACAUGGCGCACCUCUCCGAUACCAACAACGAGAACUCCACUAAGCACAAAAUACAUCACAAACCCCUCACCCACCAAUAAAGUCUCCACAACAGUAAGGAAAACGAAGAAGCCUACAAAGUCUAGAGUAACUUAUCCGAAACCAGUUAUCCCAAGUCGAGCUGGUGGAAACGACUGUCUCAAUUUUCCAAAUUGUAAUCCUUCGCUAAUUGGAGUUAAUUCUAAUAGCAACGUUGCUGGAGAGAUGGGCGUGUCCGUACUUACACCACAUCCAAACCCUGGUGGAAAUCCAAAUCAAGCAGACAUUUAUAACGUUUACCAACAGCUGCCUGGUCAAACGCAAACUCAAGCCAUACAAAUAGACGAACUUACUAAAAUUAAUUUUGGUGACAUGGGGAAAAAUAAUCACAAUAAUAAACCUGUUGCGGCAACUAAAAACCAGAAUGACUGUCUAAAUUUUCCAAACUGUAAUCCUUCAGUACUUGGAGUUAAUUUUAAUGGCAAAGUUGCUGGACAAAUGGGCGUAGCCGUACUUACACCGCAUUCAAACGGACAACAGUAUACUGUACAGAAUCAUGUUUUUGACGUGAAGAGUCCAAUCGUUGCUGGGGGUGGUUUCAACCAACGUCCUAUACCUCCGUAUAACCAAAAUCAACAUUUGCCAAACAACCUACCCACAUUGAGUAAUAUUAUACAAGGCGGGCAGCAAGUGGGUUAUUUCGGUCAAAAUUUUUACCCACAAUACACUGCUCAGACACAGCAGUAUACACCGCGGUACCAAGGAAACAACUUCGGUAUUCUUGGAAGUCCACAAGUUUUGAAUUGGAGAGACGCACAUCUUAAGUCGCGGUCUAAAGAUGGUAGCGAAGCUGUUAUGGACGACGAAAUGUUGAACUCGAUUAAAGAUAUUUCAAGCGGGAAUUUGAUUUAUACGUCCAAUAACGCAAAACUCGAUAAUAUAUCACCCGGAAAACUAUGGAGAAACUCAAUGUUAAUCACCAUUAAUAAAGGCUUACCCAUCAUGACGUCAGCACAUUUUGUUACAGACAAAGAGGAAGACAAAGCGAGAAAUCUACCCUCUGCUGGAUCAAAAGAAACGUUAUCAGGCUAUACUGGAGCUACGCUGUUGUUGAAUGACAUUGAAAAGGGCGUCAUCAAGUCAAAACCUCCUUUGAAAACACACGGCAACAUAAGAAAGUGGCAGGGCGGUUUGAAAUUUGAUGGAAAAACUGCUUGGGUCAAUGCUAAUAUACUCGAUGUUGCCUACUUGGCGCAUCCUUCGUUAGCUACUGAUGGCUUUGCAAUUGGGUUCAAGCUCAUGUUCGACAGCUCGAUCGUGAAUAUCUCGCUACCGAAAUACAUCCUUGAUUCAGGGGGCACGGAUGGACAGGGUGUGAGUGUUUUUAUAGACGAUGCGAAGAUGUUUGUCAUCGUGGCUGACAGUAAAAAAAUGUGGCAGGUGAGCACAACUUUGUAUGCAGACGAAUGGAUGUACAUAAUGUUCGGAUGGAAACAAUCAAAAGGUCUCUACCUCUACAUCAACGGAAUGAAAAAGGUUGAAGAUGCCACACCCACCCAGAGCACCUCCCCAGAUGUUAAAUCAAAUGACGUCAUCAUUGGUGCAAAUCGGAAACAAGAUGUGGAUUCUUUUAUGUUAAUGUACAUCGCUGCAAUUGAUAUUACCCCGAAUUUCCCCGAUACGAAAGAACUCUUGGAGUUUUCUCCCCCGGUUUUCAAGCCGGAUUUUGUUUUAACGUUCUCUUCAUUAAAUGGUGACUCCGUUCGAAACUAUCCUGAUUUGAAGGCGCAUGGUACAGUGAGGGAGAGCAGGGGAGUGUUACAGUUUGAUGGUGUUCAUGCAUUUUUACAUGACACUGGUAAAUUUGCAGACACUUUUAUUAUGAUGCCCAGCUUAGAUCCGGCUGGCCUAACAUUUACCGUAAAGUUCAAGUUCAAUCGAAACAUGCUUGAUGCAAAGGACGAGAAAUUCAUAUUGGACACUGGAGGGUGGCUAGGCCAUGGUGUGUCAUUGUUCGUACAUGACAGCCUGCUGACUGCUGUUGUUGGAAGUAAAGGACGCGUCUGGGUGGUUCAAACACCUGACUCCUCGUUCACAUCAUGGUGCUUUGUUUUGAUCACGUGGCGUGACGAUAUGGGAUUAUAUUUGUAUAUAAAUGGUGCGCUAGUAGCGAAGGAGAAAUCUUAUAGAUAUCUUAUUCAAGAAUACGAACCUUUCGAUAGCCUUACUGUUGGUUGCAGUAUUCUAAAAAGUGCUGCAAGUUUCGGUAGAUUCCAGUUAGCAAUGAUUUCGUUUUUUCCUACGUACACAACCAUUGAUGAGCUGAUGAAGUUUUCGCCUCCACUCGUUUUGAGGCCGACGUUUGAUUGGUUCUUUAUGCUGCUGCAGAACAAUUCAACUCUGACGUCACCACCGUUAAAAGUAAAUGGCGACGUAAGAUCGAAUGAAAAUGGACUAACGUUCGACGGAAGAAGUGGGUGGUUAAAUGCUGGUAAUUUGCAAGACUCAUCGGAGGAAAGCGCGGAAAUUGUAUGCGAACACUACCAGAAAGAGAUUACGUGUGAACUGGGUCAAACAAUAAAAGUGGCAUACGCCAACUACGGGCGCACAUCAGAAAUUCCAUGCCAAGGAAAACGAAAGUACAUCACGACGAGUUGUAAAUCGAAAAAAUCUUUAGCAGUCGCAAAGUCACUUUGUAAUGGCAAGAGGGCGUGUCGUUUGAAGGCGUUAAAUUCUGUGUGGGGAAAUGCUUGCCCGGGCGUCAUUAAAUAUCUAGAUAUUAGAUAUCAAUGUAUUGGUGACAUUCAACAAGAUGGAAAAGCCCAACAUGGAGCCCACUUCCUGACCAAUCCAUCCUUGACAAAGAAAGGUAUUACUAUCGCCAUGAAAGUGAGGCUAGAUCAAGAAGUCGAAAGAUACGUCAAGCCGCACUAUCUAGUCGAUUCUGGUGGUAGUCAAGGCAGCGGUGUAGCCGUAUACUUGAAAGAUAAAAAUCUGUUCUGUGAAAUAUCCACAAGAAAUAAAACCUGGAGUCUCAACACACCAGUUGAAAGUGAUGAUUGGUUGUAUAUUCUCCUAACAUGGAGCAAAAGUCAAGGAAUGGUGUUGUAUAUUAACGGCGUUAUUCGAAGUGUGUGUAUUCGUCCGGAGAAAACCGUGCAAGCCAAUCAAAACAAAGGCGCGGAUAUUUUAGCGAUUGGUAAAUCAACAGCCAAUGAAAGCGAUACUUUCGCUCGUUUCCAGAUCACUUUGUUUACAGUUCUAAAAACGUUCACACCAAAGAGCGAAAGUUUUCGCACUUUUGCGUAUUAUGUUGGUAGAGCAAUUACGAAUGCUUUUGAAACUGCCUCGAUGAGUCAAGAAACUGUACUAAUAUGCGAAUACCAAUCGAGAACAAUAUCUUGUCCAGCCGAUCAAGUUAUCGAGAUUGUCUUUGCCAAUUUCGGCCGUACCUCCUCGCGGCCGUGCGCUUGGGGAACUCACCACCAGACGAAUUGUACGUUACCGAACGCCAUUACGACAGCGAGAGAACGUUGCAAUGGUUUGAAUUCAUGCCAGUUGAUUGCGAAGAAUUCUAUGUGGAAAGGUAACCCGUGUCCUGGAAUCAUCAAAUACGUCGAAGUGAAGUUUAUUUGUGAUGAAGUUGGUCCAGAAGCCGUGACUAAAUCAUCAUACAUUGGCAACGAAGAUCCCAACUCACUUGUGAUACCAUAAAACGUGUCAUCUUUUACCCAACAAAAAGGUUGACUUUGCAAGAUGACUUAGGAGACCUAGGGUUUAAGUUGUAAACAUUGUAAAAACAACAAAAAAGUAUAUAAGAUGUUGCUAUGGAAACAAGACAUCAGAUCGAACAGAAGUUGUAGUGUUCGUGACAACCUGCAAUAGAAGCGGUAGUCUUCUUAAAACGGCGAAUUCAUAACAAUGAAAAGUUUUCGCGCAAUUCGAAUGUACUAUCAGUAAAUGCCAUCACAGAUCCUUAGUAUAAUAUUAGUUGAUUAUUUUUGUAUAUUCAUGUAAAUUCACAGAUUGAUGGACGACAAUAAAAAACAUUUUAACAUUGGGCAACAAAUAUACGGACCCGCAGUUAUAAUAUUACACUGUAUAUUAUAUAUGUUUAAAAAAUAAAAUAUUUAGAAUUUCUAUUUAACCACCA